AUGCCCGUGACACAGAGGGAACUCGAGUCGCGGCAGCUGGUGGUGGCCGCCAUCGCCGCGGAGGAGGCGGAGCGGCGCGCGGCAGCGGCGGGCGCGGCGGGGCCGGCGGAGGAGGGGGACAUUGACACCGACGAUGACGAGGCCGACACGGCCUUUGAUGAGUGGAAGGGCCGCGAGAUGGGGCGCAUAGCGCGCGACAGGGGGGAGAGGGAGGCGGCGGAGGCGGAGGUGCGGGAGAGGGAGCGGCUGAAGAAUAUGACAGAGGAGGAGCGCGCUGCCUGGGAGAGGGCAAACCCCAAGGCCGACCGCCCCAAGGAGAAGGCCAAGUGGGGGUUCAUGCAGAAGUACUGGCACAAGGGCGCCUUCUUCCAGGAGACUGCUGACGAUGCGCGCGGCACGACGGGCGGGUUUGAGAUCCUCCAGAGGGACUACAGCGCACCCACAGCGGCGGCCGUGCGGCCCGGGGGUAGGGGCCUGCGCGACGCCGAAGCGCGUGACCAACGGGGUGCUGAGCGGGGCUCGAGGGGCACGCGGCGUCCUGGAUGGGCUGGUCGGUCCGGCGGAGCCUGA